CCGAUCCGUUCGCUGCGACGUUGGCAGCACCGCGGCGCCCGCCCCGCCCCGGCCGCCGCGUUGGCAGCAGUACCGCGGGGGGCGCCGCACCCGCAGCAACACUCGACCAGCGUUAUGGCGACCCUGCCGACGCUCAUGGCCCUAGCUCUGGCGCUGGGCGCGUCGUGCUGUGGCGCCGCCUCCACCCACACCUCCGCGCCCAGCACCACCCCGACCACCACGACCACCACCACCACCACCCCGACCACCACCUCCACCAUCGCCUCCACCAGGGCGGCCUGCAACAGUAUAGUCUGCCAGCGGGACUUCAACCCCGUGUGCGCCAGGAGCCCCACCACCAACGAGCGCAGGAGCUUCGCCAACGAGUGCGACGUCCGCCUGUUCAACUGCACCUUUAAGAGAGACUUUGAGAUGGUGGACAAAACAAAGCCGUGCGAGGAAGACGAGACGGAGCAUGCGGCAAGUGCCGCUGCCGCUGCUGUUGUUGCGACUACUGCAGAAACGUCAUCGCCGAAAAGCACUUCAAAAGACUGAUGACAAUAAAUCAUAUUUUGAAACGUAA